AUGCUUAUUCUGAUAUCCGCCAUAAGCGGCCGAUCGCUGUUCGAAAUGGUGCAUCCCCUGGAAAAAGAGCAUGCCAAACGAAUUGGAGUAACGAAAGACUCCACGAUCGCAUUGACUUGGGGUCCUGAGGAAACUGCUUAUGUUUUCGAUGUUACUGAUCGAGAAAAGCCAAAGAUCCUCACUUGGUUGACAAAAGAGAGCAAAAAGGCUCUUGCGGAUAAAUAUCUCGAGAAGCCUGAGCCCGAGAAGAGACGAAGAAAACGGCAUGAGAGUGAUCCUGAAUGGCUCCCGCCGAGAAAGAAGACCAACAAGGAAAAAACUUCCAGAACCAACUAA